AUGAUAAACGAUUGCAGUUGCUACUCGAACGACACAGCACCUCCCCCUCCUCCCUUCCCAAGCGAGCAGCAGAAGAGCCAGCAAGGAAGCAGGCCAAACAGCCCUGCUGACUUGGCUCACGUCGUGGCAGGAGACCUCGGAAGCAGAUCGCAGAAGAAUGGCGAACCGGGCGUUGGCGGUGCGGUGGCCGCAAACCCGGACGGCAGCGACGCUACCGAAGCCGGGGUCGAAGCCGAUGGCGUGGCCAAACCACCGACGCGCCACGUGGGAGUGGUGGCGCCGCGCAGAGCCCAGGAUGAAGAGCUGCGCAGCUUGUACUUUCAGGACGGCAAGCGGCGCAUCGACUUCGUGCUUGCCUACCAGAAGUCGGAUGACUCGGUGAUCGAGAACUACCGGCGUGUCUUCGAGGACAACCUUCUAAAGGAAGGACUCGACCUCGAACUCGAGGAUGCGACGACGUCAAGAGAUGGAAAGACCAACUUCCUCAAGAUCCACGCUCCUUGGAAGGUGCUCGUGAAGUAUGCAGAGAAGCUACACCUUCGAAUGCCAAUUAAGAAGCGCGGCAAAGUGGUCGCUUUUCCCACGGUGACUGUUGCGAAGGGUGAGAAGCCCGUCCUGCCAGACCUGAAAUAUCUUGAGAAUGAAUCGACGGAAGUGGAAAACGAAGGCAAGCCCAAUGCACUCGAGGCCCUGUGGACCAAGUUGUGGACGCCGUUCCCUUACAACAAGGAACUCAUACCCGACGAAACGGAGUACUUCAACGCCGAGUUCGUGCGUCAGCGUGAGCACAUGUACCUAAUACAAAACAAAGAUUCGUUUUUCUCUCAAGCCAUUCGAAGUCGCAUCGCGUGGGAAGUACUGAUGCGAACUACGUACGAUGAGAGUGAUCGGCAAAAAGGCGUUUACAGGCUUCUAAAUGAACAGGUCUACCUGGCAGCCUACCCUUUGCACGACGGUCCUUGUGGCAGCGGACCGUUCGACCCCCUUACAGAAAUUCCCACGGAACGAAGGCUACUAUACAGCGAAUGGGCCAGACCGGCGUCUUGGUACAAGCAGCAGCCGUUGGUUCUAAUCAGGCGCUACUUCGGUGAGAAGACUGGUCUCUACUUUGCCUGGCUGGGAUUCUACACGUCCAUGCUAUUUCUACCGGCUGUGGUGGGAGUCAUGACGACGCUGUACGGAAUCUUUGAAAUGGCCACGAACACCCCCACGGCCGAGACGUGUGACCCCAACAUCGCCGGAAGUUUCGUCCUCUGUCCAGGCUGCAAGAAGCGCUGUACAUACGACUACCUUUACACCAAGUGCACCUUUAGCAAGAUCGUGUACAUGUUUGAUAACCCGGCCACCGUUGGUUUUUCAAUAUUCAUGGCACUGUGGGCCACCAUUUUUAUAGAGCUCUGGAAAAGACGCCAAUGCGUCCUCGGUUGGGAAUGGAACCUCGCCGAUAUUGACACACUCACGGAUGUUGUAAACCCUGAGUAUGAAGCCAAAGCAACAGUGUACAAGCUGAACCCAGUGACUAUGAGAUACGAGCCAUACGUGCCUUUCUGGGAGAAGAUAAUCAGGAUAUCAGGGGCCAAUUCCGUCGUCCUUUUCAUGUUGUGCCUUGUGAUAUGCACCGUGUUCGGGAUCAUCGCCUACCGCAUCAUCCUGGUGGCGCUGUUGUCUCGAGACCAGAACUGGCGCGCACUGGCCCACGUUACCACGGCUGUAACCGCCUCGAUGCUCAACCUGGUUAUCAUCUUACUCAUGAACAGGGUAUACAGCAGGAUAGCCACACGGUUGACCGACAUUGAACGGCCAAGGACGCAACGGGAGUACGAGGACAGCUUCACGUUCAAGAUGUUCCUGUUUACGUUUCUUAACACCUACUCAUCCCUGAUAUACAUCGCAUUCUUUAAAGGCAGGUUCUCCGGGCACCCAGGCAAGGAGGGAACGCUUUUUGGAUACAGUUUGGACAAGUGCGAAGGUGGCUGUCUGUACGAAGUGUGCGUUCAACUGGCAAUAGUCAUGGUGGGCAAACAAGUUCAUCAACAACAUACAAGAAAUCGGACAGCCGGGACUUUGGUGUCUCAUGGUCUGGUGAUGAAUUGGUGGCGCUCCUGGAGACGGGAUCACAUGACCCGGGACAGUGGCGAACGCAGAGGCUCCGUCGCUCGCUGGGAGGCUGACUACGUGCUGGCGCAGUGGCACACCCUCUCCUUGUUCGACGAGUACUUGGAGAUGGCCAUCCAAUUUGGCUUCGUCACCCUGUUUGUGGCCGCAUUCCCGCUGGCGCCGCUGUUUGCGCUUCUGAACAACAUCGUGGAAAUCCGCCUGGAUGCGUACAAGUACACCUCGCAAAUGCGCAGGCCGCUUGCCGAGAGGGUGCCAAACAUCGGUGCCUGGCAGGUGAUACUGAAAGGUGUUUCCGUGUUCGCCGUCAUCUGCAACGCGUUCCUGAUCGCCUAUACGAGCGACUUCAUACCACGCAUGCUGUACCGCAUGGUGCACAGCAAGGGCCACAACCUGCGCGGGUUCGUCAACUUCACGCUAUCCUCGUUCGACACGAGCGACUUCGACGACGAGACAAGACCGGACAACGCCACGUUGGACGGAAUCACUGUACGCCAGUGCAGGUACCUGGACUACCGCGAGCCGCCAGGCUCGGAAAGCGAGUACCAGCUGACUCUGACGUACUGGCACAUAUUCGCUGCCAGGCUCUUCUUCGUCGUUGUCUUUGAGCACGUGGUCUUCUUCAUAACUGGUCUGGUGGCAGCCCUCAUACCGGACGUGCCUCGGUCAGUGCAGCAGCGGAUCAAGCGUGAACAGAUCGUGGCGCAGGACAUCAUCGCUGGACUGGACAGCGGCCAGCAGUCUCAGCCUCGCAGAGGCUCCAGGAGUGGCUCGGCAGCCCGCAGUAACUGAGUCCGAGAUCAUUCGUACACUCGCUCUUCAAAGGAAUGCUGCCUUGUUGUCGGAUGACGUAGAGACAAGUUCUUGCUUCAGGAAGCAGCCGUCGUCAUAACCAGCAACAGUCGGCGUCGCUUGAGCUACACGCGCCUUUCGCGCGCAAAGAAAUGUGCUUCGAAGGAUGGCGUAGUGCCUGACCUCCACGAAUCCUGCGUGCUUAGAACACUUGGUUCUUUAUCGAAGUACCAUGGACUCCCUUCACGCAUCUUCAGACGCAACUUAUCACAGGCAUGUAAGUUAAUCAGUGUAUUCAGUAGUGCAAGCUGAUCGACACCUUCUGGGCCAUCCCGUGCACCUGAAGGUCAUAUUGCAUCUGUACCCUAAUCGAGUGUUCAGCGUGACAUCGAUAUUGUGCAGACGACGAUUUGUGGACACUGCAGCCAUAACAGAACACAUUACUGACCAAGUGGCAUCUUCAAGGAAGUCUACGAGGCGGUCGUUGCUUGCACUAACUCUUCUUUUGCCCGGGAACACCAUGCCGCAUCCUGUUCCUGCUAUGUCUAUGUACUGUAAUCUCAAUGGUCGCCGUACAGCCUGUAUUGAAGACUGAUUCGCUACAGUGUUCGCUACGCAACCAGCAGAACUCAAACUACACAGCUGACUAAGUGUGCGGAUGCCGUUCGUGGUUUAAUUGUGUAAGUGUUCACCCAAUACCAUGAUCGCCCGACGUCACAGACGAGGACGUGUAACUGAUGGUAAGAGCGGAUGACACGAUCUUCUAAGAACUUCAUGUUGUUGAGCCAUUAGAAUGUCACAGUGACUCAGGUGUGAUGUAUUCAAACGGAACUGUUGAUGAUUCCGUGAACACAGAGUGAGUGAGUGAAAACUUUGUUGAAGAUGUCCCGCACUAUUGGGAGGGCUGGGACCUCAAGGACGCCGUCCUAGGUGACGGCCUCCAGUCCUUGGACAAGGGCUGCUGCCUCGGCGUGCCGGACGGCCCACAGUCGAUCGGCAAGGUCGUGGCUGACUCACAGUUACAUUCAGCAAAAACGAACUACUCGGUAAGCAAACGCGGCUGUGUGAUAUAUUCCACCGACAGUAAGCAAGAGCAUGGUUCGCGUUCCUGUGGACGUCCCGAGGAUCACGUGACGCUGUUUGAUCCAUACUGACGAACACCUAGAGGACGACGUCGCGCGUGGUCCGCUAUACUGACUUAGCAGCUUAGACUCAGUGCUGCGCUAUCGAAUGCGCUGGUCAAGUGCUGAAUGCAUGGUUUUAAUAGUAGCCAUUAUAUCAAACUUUUUCACCUAUUCCCAGGUCUUGUUUCUGCACAAAUGUCCAGUGAUCUUGCUGUGUGCAUAUGGGCUCACUGAGAAGCUCCGCAUUUUGAUGUCAAGACGUGAAAUAAUACUGGAAAAAGAAAGUUUAAAGGGGUACUCACACGAAAAUUCUCAGUUGUUUUUGUGUGUGUGUGUGUGUGUGUGUCAUAAGAAAGGCAAUUCCCUCUAGAGCCUAGAAAAUGAACUGCUAAUGUGAGGGCAUCCUGAAAAUUAAUUAAAACAUGCCUUUAAAAACUAGUUGAGGUUUUUACUGUACCCUGACAUCACAAUACGGCACAGGCUUCUCGUGACGUGCUCGAGAAUGAUAUCGUGACGUUUCCAUGGCCGUUCCACUCCGCGGCUCCGUCGGGAACGCACAAGCGGCCAUUUUACAUGUUUUGGUACCUGACGUCAUCACAACCAGUCAUACUGGUGCGUGCUGUAGCCUGAUGUCAAAUUUGUGUCGAUGUCAGUGGGUGGCCCAAGUGAUAGUUGAUUUUAAUGCCAAAAUAAAAUAUCAGCAUUUCCUGAGCAUGACACAUGCUCAGAGCCAUCUCUGUCAACAGCAGAUUUCCGGUGAUAUUUUUUUCUCCACUGCUAUGACCCCAACAGUUCAAUCAGAUCGGUUGUACUAGUGACGUCAUAAGCACAUGACACGCCCCAAAAUGCGGGGCCGUCUGAAAACUCGGGGAGGCAGUGCGCUGGGAUCUGUAACGAUGCGCGCAUUAGGAACGUUAUAAUUAGGCCCGCGCUUUCCGCACAGCGCUUAAAUCAGCCUGUUAAUGCUCCAAAGGAGCUGCGCUACCGCCUCAAUGGAUUUGCAUAAAAUCGUGAUUAACGUUUCAGGAUCCCCAUGAGGAAGAAAGGAUGCAUAAAUGUGGCGUCUGCUGUUGCUUUUAUGUAUUUAUUUUUGCAUUUGAUGCAGUUCUGACAUGUACCAGAAGAAACAAUGAUACAAGGACAACUGGUCUUAACGCCGUCGUUAACUUUAGUUCAGUUUAAAAUAUUCAUAUUCGCUGAGUACACUAGCGAUGAGCGCUGAAAAAUAUCGGCCUCGACACAAUACUCAGUAAAAAAUGUCAUUAUUUUUCGCUUGACAAAAGUAACUACCCUUGUUGACACGUUGGCUCUAGUGCGAGACCUUCCUCCUUCUGCAACUAUUAAUUUAAUUUUCUUCACCAUCUCACAUCGCCGCUCACAUGUUUAUUUGCAAGCUCACGCCGGCAAACUAUAGCAUGUGAUUGGCACAAUGUAGAAUUUCUUUCAAGGUAAUUAGCAAAUUAAUGUGGGAGCACGCUAAUCAGAAGAUGAGAUGCAGCUGAAGAUAGCAAGUGCUACUUCCAACAUGACGACUUAAUCGUAGUUAUAUCGAUGGACACUGAUCUC